AUGGGAAGCCUAGACCUUGAAAACAACUGUACCCUGUACAUAUGCACCGACAACUGUGAAAUUCCGUCGGUAAGUGAAAUUCAAAAAAAAUUAGAGAGCCAAAAUGUUGAUAACAAAAUUGAAGGAAUGGAAAAUCUUAUUUUUAAUAUAAUACAAGGAGAACCAUAUGGAAACCUACUAAUGUGUGCUAUCCGAUUUAUAGUACCACAUAAAGAUCAUCGAUUAAAAAAAAUGUGUCAUAUAUUUUUUGAAGUUGUAGAUAAAUGUAAUAAUGAUGGAAGUUUAAAAGAAGAAAUGAUAUUAGUAUGUAAUGCUUUGCGAAAUGAUUUAAUAUCUCCUAAUGAAUAUGUUCGAGGAUCAACAUUGCGAUUGCUAAGUAAAAUAAAAUAUUUAAAAAUUUUAGAUCCAUUAAUUGAGGCUAUUACAAAAAAUUUAAGUCAUUCCCAUAGUUAUGUAAGAAAAAAUGCAAUUACUUGUGUUCAUACAAUUAUUAAAAAUCAUGGAAUUGAUGUUAUACCAAAUGCAGUUAAAGAGGUUGAAAAGAUUUUAUUUUUAGAGACAGAUAUAUCUACAAAACGUAGUGCACUAUCUAUGUUAAUUGAUAUCGACCCAUUAACGACACUAAAAUAUAUUCUUUCAUUAAAUGAUCAGCUAUAUGAUACAGCAGAUGUUAUGUUAUUAGAAAUUAUUCAACUUUUUAAAAAAUUAUUUAUUCCUCAUAUUUUUGAUGAUUCAUGUUUAGUAAUCAAUGGAAAUAAAAAUAUCGAUAGUGAUGGGUGCAGUAACUAUGGAGAAAAAGAUGACAGCUAUUACGAGGAUAGUGAAAAUGAAGAUAGUGAUAAUGAUUUAGCUGGUUAUUUACAAAAUAGUAAUAACAAUACAGUAAAUUUUCGUAGUGAAGAAAUUCGAUUUAAAAAUAAAAAACUACGUCAAAGUGAUUAUAUGCCAUAUAAAAAUAAUGUUGUAAAAAUAUUGCUAAAUAUGUUAAAUAAAAAUGUUAGUAAUAGUGUAUUAUAUGAAGGAUCGUGUUGCUUAUUAUAUAUUAGCAACUCAGCAUUAAGUAUUAAAACAGCUAGCGAAUGUUUCAUCAAAUUAUUAAUAAACCAACAUGAUAAUAAUAUAAAACUAAUUGUUAUUGAUAAGUUAUAUUAUAUUAUGUGCCGAUGGAAACAUAUUCUUGCAAAUUAUAUUAUGGAUUUAUUGAGGAGUUUAAAUUUUCCAUCAAAAGAUGUAAAACUUAAAAUUUUAAAUUUAGUUUUACAUAUAUUAACAAAAAGAAAUGUACAUUUAGUAUUGAACGUUAUUAAAAAGGAAUUAUUAAAAUUGAAUGAUCAACCUAUUUAUAAUUCUAAAGUUCCUAUAUCUCGUGUAAAUGCUCAAAUUGGUGAUCCAAAUCGAAUUAUAUCUAUUACAAGAGAUGGUGAAAAUGUUGGAGCAUCAGCAAAAAUUACAAAUUUAAAUAAUGUAUCUUCAAACAGUAUUGAUGCUACAAAUUAUAAAAAAAUAUUAAUUAAAUCAUUACAACAUAUAUGUAAUAUGUAUACUACCGAUUGUUUAAGUAUAGCAGAUUUACUUUUCCUUUAUGCAAAUACUCAAGAAAAAAAUAUAAGUUAUGAAUCAGCUAUAUGUAUAAAAAAACUAGCCAAUAAUCAUGUAUUACAAAAUAGUAUACUUGAAAAAAUUAUUGAAAAUAUGUUUGAAAUAAAAGAGUCAGCAAUAUUACGAAUGUUUUUAUGGAUCCUUGGACAAUAUAUGAAUAAAAAUGAAAUGAUUUUUAAUUUUAUAAAUAUAUUAUAUAAUCAAAUGUCUUACUUUUUAAAUAAUAGUAUGGAAGAUCCUGAAAUGCUUAAUAAAUUGUUUAAUGAAAAAAUGAAAAAAAAUCAAUUUUCAAAUUUUAAUGAAAAUUUAAAUAAUAUUGGAGAUAAUAAUACAACAUAUUUUCCAAAUAUACAAACUAAAACUGUUAUUUUAGAAGAUGGUACUUAUGCUACUGAAGCUUAUUCAAAUAUUCCAAAUAAAAAUCCAAUAGAUUUAUCUUCUUCAUCUAAUAAGAAUGGCACAAACUUUUCUACAAAUAAUAAUCAAAGUUUAAAUCAAUUUUUAUAUAAUUUAUUUUGCGAUAAUGAUGAUUUAUUGUUAGCUGUUUUAUGUGUAUGUAUAACAAAAUUAUAUCUUAGAUUAUUAUCUAGUGUGAGCGAAGUUUUUAAUUUUUUACGUGUGGAUAAUAGUGAGCUAGUUAAUAAUGACGAUAAAAAUAAAGAGGAUCCUGAUUUGGUGUUAAAAAAUCUGAACAUGUUCAGAAAUAAAUCGAUACAUAUUUUAUCAAGUAUAAUAAAAUAUACAACACAAAAAAAUAUAAAAUCAGUAACUAGUAUAUAUGAAAAUGAUAGUAAUGUUAUAAGAAUAACACAAUGUCUUAAAAUAUUUUUAAAAAUAAAAGUAGGAAUCGAAAAAAUCGAUGAAGAAACAAAAAAAUUUAUAGAAAUAUUUAUGAACGGCAAUAUGUAUUAUCAAGAUUAUAUAAAGAAAGAAGAAAAUAAAUAUUGUAGUUUAUAUGGAACUACUUCAAAAGAUUCUCGAAAAAUUGAAACAAUCCAAACUAAUGAUACAAACAAGGAAGAAGAUGACAACAUAUCAUUAGCAAAUGAUGAGGAGAUAGAAAAUGUAGAUAGUGUAAUUAAUUUCAGAAUACUAAAAGAAAAAAAAAAUGUAUUAAAUAUGCUUGAUGAAGAACUUGUAACAACAAAUGAAAAUUUUGAUCAGAUGAAAUUAAAGUAUUCAUUAAAUAAUGAUAUAUUAUAUGAUUAUAAUGAAUUUAAAUAUCCUGCAAUAAAUCAAGAUAAUUAUUCUUCAACAUUUUUAUCAAAGUUACAUAAAUCUCAAGCAAUAACUAGUAUCGAUGAUGAUAUAUUUAUUGAAAUAUUCCCAACAAUUUCAAGUAUAAAUUUAAUACUUGAAUUUUAUGUUUAUAAUCAAUCUGGUAUUUAUUUACAAAAUAUAUUUAUAAAUUUAUCGACACAUAAUAAUUUAAAACCCAUUGAUAAAAUUCCACAAUUUAAUUUAGCUCCUCAUGAAAAAAAAAAAUUUAAAACAACUAUAAAAGUUCAUACUACAGAAACAGGAACUAUUUUUGGCUAUCUUUUUUAUGAAAAAAAAAAUGACCCUAAAAAAUAUUAUAUUGUUUUAAAUGAAAUUAAUAUUAAUAUGACUGAGUACAUUACAGCCUCUUUUAUUUCAUCUCAUUUAUUUCGUAUCAUGUGGUCUGAGUUUGAAUGGGAAAACAAAAUUAAUGUCAACACGUCUAUCAGUGAUGCCUUUGAAUUGUUGAAGCUGAUCAUAAAGCACACGAACAUGACUAUAGUGGAAAAGUUUAUGCCGUUGGAAUAUUACGAGCAUGAAGCAAAAAAUAGGGCAGACAAUGAAAAUAUAACACCUAUAGAUAUAUAUAUAUCAUAUAUUUCAACUUUAGAAGAUUUUAAAUUAUUAAUAAAUAAUUCAGCUUUUUUUUCUGUGAAUUUAUUUUCGCGAAGUAUAUUUGGAGAAGACUCUUUAGCUAACUUUUCCGUUCAGAAAAAUUCCGAUGGCAAGUUGGCAGGAAGCAUAAGAGUUCGAAGCAGGACACAGGGCAUAGCACUUAGCUUAGGAGACAAAAUUACACUGAUACAAUCCGGAAUAACCACGGAACUACAAUAA